GAGAGCUGGCGGGGAGCAGAUCACAGGAGACGCGCGGCAGAGCGCCCGGGGCUGUCACCGCUGACGCGCUGCGCGCGCAGAGCCGGGAUGGGGCAUCUGGGGACCGCCAGCUACCACCCCCGCAGUUUUCCACCUGGGGUCCCCCUCCCAAGUGAGCAGCCGCCGGGGCGGACGGCGAUGUCUGCCGGGGCCCGCCGCAGUCCCCGGGGCUGCCGGGCGCAGCCGCUCGCGCCCCUCUGCUGCUUCUCGGCUGCGCUGGGGAUGCUGUGGUCCCCUGCCUCGCAGGCGUUCAACUUGGACGUGGACAAGCUCACGGUGUACAGCGGCCCAGAGGGCAGCUACUUCGGCUACGCGGUGGACUUCCACAUACCUGCGGCUCGCACAGCGAGUGUCUUGGUGGGAGCGCCCAAAGCCAACACCACCCAGCCAGACAUCGUGGAAGGGGGAGCCGUCUAUUACUGUCCUUGGCCCGCCGAGGGGUCUGCGCAGUGCAAGCAGAUACCGUUUGACAGCACCAACAACAGAAAGAUCAGAGUCAAUGGAACCAAGGAACCCAUCGAGUUUAAAUCGAAUCAGUGGUUUGGAGCAACAGUGAAAGCUCACAGAGGGAAAGUGGUGGCGUGCGCCCCCUUGUAUCACUGGAGAACUCUUAAAUCCACACCAGAAAAGGACCCAGUUGGCACUUGCUAUGUAGCAAUUCAGAAUUUCAGUGCAUAUGCUGAGUACUCUCCUUGUCGAAACAGUAAUGCUGAUCCUGAAGGCCAGGGCUACUGCCAAGCGGGAUUUAGCCUGGACUUUUAUAAGAAUGGAGACCUUAUAGUGGGAGGACCUGGAAGUUUUUAUUGGCAAGGUCAGGUGAUCACUGCCAGUAUUGCAGACAUCAUUGCAAAUUACUCCUUCAAGGAUAUUCUAAGGAAACUGACUCGAGAAAAACAGACGGAAGUGGCUCCAGCUUCCUAUGAUGACAGUUACCUGGGGUAUUCAGUUGCUGCUGGGGAAUUUACAGGAGAUGCUCAGCAAGAACUGGUUGCUGGAGUUCCAAGAGGAGCACAGAAUUUUGGAUAUGUUUCAAUCAUUAACUCUACAGAUAUGACUUCUAUUCAGAAUUUCACUGGUGAACAGAUGGCAUCUUACUUUGGAUAUACAGUUGCAAUAUCAGAUGUUAACAGUGAUGGAAUGGAUGACAUAUUGAUUGGGGCCCCUCUCUUUAUGGAACGUGAAUUCGAGAGUAACCCUAGAGAAGUGGGUCAAGUUUACCUGUAUAUGCAAGUGAGCGCUCUCCUCUUUGAAGACCCGCAGGUCCUCACAGGCACCGAGGUUUUCGGAAGGUUUGGUAGCGCCGUGGCACACCUAGGAGACCUGAACCAAGACGGAUACAAUGACGUUGCCAUCAGUGCACCCUUUGCAGGCCCAGAUCAGAGAGGCAAAGUGUUCAUUUACAACGGGAACCGGCACGGCUUAAACACCAAGGCUUCCCAAAUUUUGCAAGGAAUGUGGGCCUCGCAGACUAUGCCUUCUGGCUUCGGCUUCACGUUGAGAGGAGACUCAGACAUAGACAAGAAUGAUUACCCAGAUCUAAUUGUGGGUGCAUUUGGAACAGGAAAAGUAGCUGUUUAUAGAGCAAGGCCGGUGGUGACAGUGGAUGCCCAGCUUCUGCUGCACCCGAUGAUUAUCAAUCUGGAAAAUAAAACUUGCCAGAUUCCAGAGUCUACCACCUCUGUGGCCUGCUUUUCCUUAGGAGUGUGUGCAUCUGUAGAAGGCCAGAGCAUUUCAAACACAAUAGGCCUGACUGCUGAGGUGCAGUUAGAUUCCCUGAAACAAAAAGGAGCCAUUAAACGCACGCUCUUCCUUGAUAACCAUCAGUCACACCUCACCUUCCCUCUCGUGAUCAGGGGGCAGAAAUCCCGCCAGUGCCAGGACUUCAUGGUCUACCUGCGAGAUGAAACUGAAUUCCGAGAUAAAUUAUCGCCAAUCAACAUUAGUUUGAAUUACAGUCUGGAUGAAUCCACCUUUCAAGAAGGCCUGGCAGUGACACCAGUAUUGAACCACUACAGGGAAAAUGUUGUUACUGAACAGGCUCACAUCCUGGUGGACUGUGGAGAAGACAACAUGUGCAUUCCUGACUUGAAGCUGUCAGCUAGACCAGAUAAGCAUCAGGUCAUCAUUGGAGAUGAAAAUCACCUUAUGCUCAUAAUCAAUGCCAGAAACGAAGGAGAAGGAGCCUAUGAAGCUGAACUCUUUGUGCUGAUUCCAGAAGAGGCAGAUUAUGUGGGGAUUGAGCGCAGCAACAAGGGAUUCCGACCCCUGAGCUGUGAGUACAAGAUGGAAAAUGUAACCAGAAUGGUGGUGUGUGACCUUGGGAACCCGAUGGUGGCUGGAACAAAUUAUUCUCUGGGCCUCCGAUUUGCAGUUCCACGUCUUGAGAAAACAAACAUGAGCAUUAACUUUGAUCUCCAAAUCAGAAGUUCCAACAAGGACAACCCAGACAGCAACUUUGUGAGCCUGCAAAUCAACAUCACUGCUGUCGCUCAAGUAGAAAUCAGAGGAGUCUCCCACCCUCCGCAGAUCGUUCUGCCCAUUCACAACUGGGAACCAGAAGAGGAGCCCCGCAGAGAGGAGGGAGUUGGACCAUUGGUGGAACAUAUUUAUGAGCUGCACAAUAUUGGACCCAGUACCAUCAGUGACACCCUUCUGGAGGUGGGCUGGCCGUUCUCUGCCCGGGAUGAAUUUCUUCUUUAUAUUUUUCAUAUUCAAACUCUGGGACCUCUACGAUGUCAAACAAAACCAGAUAUCAACCCACAGGAUAUAAAGCCUGCUGCCCCCAGAGAGGACACCCCUGAGCUGAGUGCCUUUUUACGAAACUCAACCAUCCCUCAUCUUGUCAGAAAGAGAAGUGCGCCUGUGCCAGAGCUGCCCAGACAGAGCCCGGUGAAAGUCCUGAAUUGUACCAAUAUCGAGUGCCUGCAGAUCUCCUGUGCGGUGGGGCGGCUGGACGGAGGAGAGAGCGCGGUCCUGAAGGUCCGGUCGCGGCUCUGGGCCCAGACGUUUCUCCAGAGAAAAAAUGAUCCCUAUUCUCUUGCAUCCCUGGUGUCCUUCGAAGUUAAGAAGAUGCCUUAUAAAGAUCAGCCAGCAAAACUCCCAGAGGGAAGCAUAGCAAUUAAGACGUCAGUUAUUUGGGCAACCCCAAAUGUUUCCUUCUCAAUCCCACUGUGGGUAAUAAUACUAGCAAUACUUCUUGGAUUAUUGGUCCUGGCCAUUUUGACCUUAGCUUUAUGGAAGUGUGGAUUCUUCGACAGAUCAAGACCCCCCCAGGAUGAAAUGAAUGACAGGGAACAACUGACAAAUGAGAAAACCCCUGGUGCGUGAAAAGGAAAACCCAAAGACCAAAAAACUCCAUCACUGGUCCUGUCCAAAGAAAAGAAGGAACAUAAAGGUUAAACAAAGGUUUUCCUGUACCUGCCAGUGUCCUAAGAAACGGAAGGGCCCCGGGAAACACCACCUCAUCUACACCACCCUCUGAAGACAUCGCUGCGGAGCACAGUGAGCCUUUUGGGAGAGGGAACACCUUCGACACUGUAGAAACAGACGGCUGUCAUGGGAGACUGCUUUCGCUUGAGUCACUCUGUACCUAGCAGACACUUUGUAAUGGGUGUGGGACCUGAGGCUGCUUUCCAGGUAAGUCCAACUUAAGUCUAAGUUGCAAAGGCAAAAUGUCUGAAUUACAAUAGAAUUUAGAAGGUGAACUAGGACUGACCCUUCCAACACUACUGUAUCCAACGGAAUAUUUGACACCUCCCUAUGGAAAAGAAAUAUUUCUAGUGACAUUACGGCUCAGGGAGACAAGUAUAUGUUGUUGUUGGUACUGUGAAAGUACUCGUGAAAUGACAAAAAUAAUCUUGUAAGCAAGGAUAACAAGUUAUUUAUUUAUUUUCCAUUUCUCUAGGCUGAUACUCUGGCCAUCUAGAGGAUUUGGAAAUUAAGAUUGGUUAGCUGGUUUUUAAAAUCACUCACUAAAUUUCCUUCUAACAUAACCAUUUUGUGCAGAUCAGUUAUUUAACAGAGUUUCUUUAGGAUUUAACAGUGUAAAGGAAAAGCAAUUGGUAUUAGAAGAUUGGUUAGCUGGUUUUUAAAAUCACUCACUAAAUUUCCUUCUAACAUAACCAUUUUGUGCAGAUCAGUUGUUUAACAGAGUUUCUUUAGGAUUUAACAGUGUAAAGGAAAAGCAAUUCGUAUUAGAAGGUAGUUUCACUUCCUCCUUUGCUGCCUUCCACCUGAAAUUUACUUGUAUCCAUACUUUCCAGGGACUCACCUCUGCUUCAUUUAGCUUUUUGUGUUUAUAGCUCCUUUUAUUUUAAAAAAAGAAACAUAAUCACCCCAGUUACUUAAUUAGCAAUACACAAAUUUCAAGGUACUCUCAACUCUGUGUGGUUUUCAAAAGUUAUGGUAAAAUUUCUAGAGUCUGUUAAUAAAAAAGCAGUUUAACAAUAUGGGUAAACAUAUUUUUUAAAUCUAUUAGAAGCAACACCAAUAUUUAACUUCAGAUUCAAUACCUAUUUUCUCUACUAUACCUCAGACUUACUAUGUACACAGAGAAGACACAUUAAACAAAAUUGAAAGGAAAUACAAAGUUAUGCAGAUGUGAGAUGAAGCUAGAAAACAGAUUCCCAAGGAUUUUUUUUAGAACUGCCUAUUUCAACUUUACUACUCAUUUUUGCUGGUAAUCUUUAUAGUACUUGACUUCGGGAAAUUAUCUAUAUUUAAGCUAUUGUGCCAUCAUCUUGAAUUUAACCAUUACAAAAACUUGAUGUUUAAAACUCUUGUAAAUAAUCCAUAAUCGUGUGUAAUAUUAUCAUCUUUGAAGUAAAGUUGACCAGCCAAACUCAUAUAGUCUGCACAACUUUGUACCUUUUUUUAUAAUAAUGAAAAUUACUAUGAAGAAAUACUGAAUAAAUUUUAUAUUUAUGUGCAAUAUUUUAUAGACCUAUGUAUCUAAAGCAUGUUUACACUGGCAUUAGUUAUUUUUAAAUUAAUAUUCUGAAUAUUAAGUAUGAUAGAACAAGCAGCCCCAAAUCCUUAAGGUUAUAAAACCAUUGGAAAAUUCGUAUCCUGGUUUCACCAAUCACACUUUAUUUGAACGAAGAGCCAAACUCACAGACACUAAAUUUGCUGUCACGCCUUAACCUGGAGACAAGCCAUUUGGCUAUAGCUGCAGCAUUUCCUCGGAGACCAAAUGAAAGGCACAUGGAAGAAUACGCUAAUGCAGUUCAUAUUCUUCCUGCUUGUGAAUUAGACCCUGUCAUGGUAGCGGUUUCAAGUCUGGCAGGAACGAAGUCUGGCUCACAGUGUGAGAGGCUGACUGUGGGUGAGAACCGCACGUGCCUCAGGCUCUUUGAGGUUCCCACGCCAGCCUCCGGCCUGAAGUGUUAGUUAUCUAGCCAGAACUGGUUAUACGGGGAGCUGGCCAUCGACACAUAUGAUUGGAGGGAUUUCAGACAGGACUGUCCACCCAUAAAUAAUGUCCUAACUCCUGUCAUAGUGCCUAGCUUUUAGGCAGUAGAAAUUAGUGCCUUGGGAGUUUUGGUCCUAAGGGGUGUCUGAGAAAACACACCCAUUGCCUUUUAAGCUAACAGUUCCAGGGAAGGUACUCAGAACUCUUAGAGCUAGCUAGAUAAAUGUAGGUCCCUGUGAGACCACACAUACAGACACCUGGGGAAAAUAGGGCUCCCCAAGAGAAGACCGGGACCCAGAACAGAGCAAGGGAUGAGGAUCUCAGAGACAAACUCUGCCUUCCACACAAUCACAGCCAAGGGUAGUCCCUUCUCAAGGGAUGAGCACUGCUAUCUACAGACAUCUCACAGAGGGUCAUCACACACACGGGACCUCUCAGCCACUUAGACUGUGGAAGCAAAUGGAGGGAGGGGGACACAGAGGUCAGGUGAACUGUGCCGUUGUCAGUUCCUGAGCAUCCCCUGCACACGCAGGAUCCUCUAACCACCCACGGGGUGUCUGCUUCUCAUCAUGGUAUCGCUGAUUGCCUCUGUAACUCAUAAUGUGCUGUGCUUUUCUUAGAGUCUCUCUCUGUUAGAUACACCUUUUAAAGUUCUUGAAGCUGGUUUUUAGGACAUGGAAAGUGGGCAAAUUAAGUUUUAUAAACUUGGAGAUUUUUACACAGUAAAUACACAACAAGGACUAGUUGCCACAGAAACCCUAUUCAACUCAACUCUUCUUUUUCUUGUUUUGUCUAAACACAUUUGUAGCUAUCUUGUGAAGAUUUUCAUGUACCUAUUUACCUUGUCACUAAUAAAAUUAAAAGUUAAAGACACAAUGAUAUAUUUGUGGUUUGUUUCACAAGCAUAGCGACGCUUUCCCGCAGUGGUAGACAUCAAAGUUUCUGUCUUUACACCUUGAUUCUUUAGUAUAAAAAUAAUGUUGGAAGAAAUUUGAAAGAGCAAAAAUAUGUCACUCCUUUGGAAUGAUGAAAAUGUUCUCAAGUUAGAUUGUAGUAAUGUUUUCACAACUCUAUGAAUAUACUAAAAAAACACUGAAACUGUAUGCUUUAAUAGAUGAGUUUUGUAGUAUACAAAUUAAAGUUCAAUAAAAAUGUUUAAAA